AUGUCCAAGCGGAAAAAGCCCGCUGCCAGUCCGACGGACGCGUUGCCAACAGCUAGCGCGGAGGCCUCUGCUCCUUGGAUCCAACGCUUCCAGCUCUUGGAUAGCUGCUACUGUUUCCUCGUGGGCAAGAAAGCCAUCCCGUCGCUGAAGACCAUCGUCAGUCUCGCGGCGCAUUUGUCCGGCAACCCAUCGAGUCUCGAGGUGUCCCAUGUUCGGCAAAUGGUCUCCAUCGGGGUGGUGAAAUUGGACAUUCAAGCACGAGACAAGGUCAUUGUGCAAGACGACUUCAACCCGGCAGCUGUCGACCCACACGAGACCAUCGAGUUGGUGCAGUUCCCUGACGCCCCGCACCCGAGUAAGCGAGCCAGCACAAAGCGGAUGCUUCUAUUUCAGCACGCCCUCCAGACGACCACCAUUGACUUGGCCAACGUGCCCAAGUUCGAGCCACUCAAGCGGUUGAAAUCGACCUCGUCGCAGCCUUCGGCGUCCUCUCCUAUUCCGUACUUGAACACUCUCAUGCAAGCCAGCUACUACGACGGACAGGUGGUGCACAUUGAAACGAUUCCGUCACGCGCUGCUCGGUUUGGAGACCGACAGCUCCAAGACCUGGGCGUGUGCGACACCGUGUGCCGCAGCGUCCUCUUCGAAAAGAUCUAUUCGCACCAAUCAGAAGCCAUCCAAGCGAUCUUGGAAGGCCACCACGUGGUCAUCUCCACGUCCACAUCGAGCGGCAAAUCCAUGGUGUACAACGUGCCUGUCGCCCACGCCUUGUCAACUUCGAAUUCCACGGCGUUCUACCUCUUUCCUACCAAGGCGCUAGCACAAGACCAAGUGCAGUCGUUUCGGACGUUCCUUACCCGCUGCGAUGGUUUGGACGCGUCUCUUUGUGCUACUUAUGACGGAGAUACACCGAUGGCGGCGCGCGCCGGACUACGGAAGUCCGCGCGAGUCUUCUUUACAAACCCAGACAUGCUGCAUGUAUCUAUCCUGCCCCAGCAUAAAGCAUGGAGAACAGUGCUGUCCCGGCUCAAGCUUGUCGUGAUUGACGAAGCCCACAUGUACCGAGGUAUCUUUGGGUCCCACGUCGCAAAUAUCCUCCGGCGACUCUUUCGACUAUGCUAUGUCUACGGCAGCUCACCGCAAGUCGUGUGCUGUUCCGCGUCUAUUCAAAACCCCCGCCAGCAUUUUAGCUGGCUCGUGCCUCACCAGUCGUUGCAACCUGCUGCUAGGACUCCCGACGAUGAUCCUUCCCCCAACACCAACGCUAGUCCAGAGGUCACUGUGAUUGAACAAGACAAGGACGGAAGCCCUUGCGGCACCAAACACUUUGUCGUGUGGCGCCCGACGCCACCCCCUGUGACAUCGUUCGACCCGAACGAACCCCACAACCCCGACCUCACGGGCAGCACGAUCUUCCAGAGCGCGCAGAUCCUCGCCACGCUCGUCGCCGCCAAAGUGCCCACAAUUGCGUUUUGCAGGGGCCGCAAGCUGACCGAGUUGGUGGUCGAGUACACGCACAACAUCCUGCGUCGUCAAAACCAAAGCCAUUUGAUUCCGCGGGUCAAGGGGUACCGCGGCGGGUACUCUGUCGAAAGCCGCCGGGCGAUUGAAGCGCAGCUGUUUCGCCACGAGUUACUAGGCGUGGUUGCGACCAACGCGUUGGAAUUGGGUAUUGACAUUGGGUCGUUGGAAUGUACGCUGCAUCUCGGGUACCCCCCGUCGAUAGCGUCCAUGUGGCAGCAGGCCGGGCGCGCCGGCCGCAGUGGCCACGACUCGAUGGCGGUGAUCGUAUGCUUUGACUCGCCGUUGGACGCGUACAACACUGCAUUGGGGUCGGCGAUGUUUGCCAAACCGCCAGAACCAGUCGUGCUGGACCCGACCAACUUGUUCGUUGUCAAGCAGCAUCUCCAGUGCGCAUCGUUGGAGAUGGACCUGCUGUCGCCUCGCAGCGGUACCCUCGAUAUUGACAGAGUCAUGUUUACCCGUCACGUGGACGAGAUCGUGGUCGAGAUGGCGAGUGCGGGGCAGUUGAUGGCACUGGGUGAUCAACGAGGGUUCCGAGUUCCUGCCAAGAUAUCGCUGCAGGAUAUGACCAUUCGAGACAUUUCGUCGGAAAACUAUAGCGUAGUGGACGUCUUGAACGACAACACCGUGAUCGACACCAUCCCCGGGAACCGCGUGUUUUUCCAAGUGUACCCCACCGCCGCCUAUUUACACCAAGGCCGAGAGUAUUUGAUCACAAGAGUCGACACAGCCGCCAAGAUCGUCUUGGCCAAACAAAGCCCCAGUCGACUCAAGUACUACACAUGCUGCCGAGACUUUACCGACAUUGACAUCUCCACGACGUUUCUCCCGUCGGUUGCGUACUCGUCGCAUGUGCAUUUGGGUAUUGCGCAUGCGACAACGUACGUCGUGGGGUGCUACUCGCUCGAGAAACGUACGCAGAAGAUUUUGAACCGGACCGACUUUUCACUGCCGCCCAUGGAAGCGGACGGUCAUGCCGUGUGGAUGGACAUUCCGAUUCAUGUCGGAGGUCCUUCGAAGGGCUUGCGCGACCCCAUCAGAGACGCGCUGCACGGUGUCAACCAUUUGAUACUGGCCGUGAUCCCGCACUUUAUGCUCGUGGACGGCAAAGAUCUGGCCACGGAGCACGUGACCAAGCUCGAAACACGAGCGCGCCCAUCCCGCGUGAUCGUGUACGAGACCUGUCAAGGCGGCGUAGGGAUCGUCCAACGUGUGGCGACGCUGUUUCCCCAGAUCGUCGCGUGUGCAAAGUCCAUCGUCGACACGUGCGACUGUGUGGACGGCUGUCCUCGGUGCAUCCACUCGCCCCAUUGCUCUGAACUCAACUUGGCCGUGUCCAAGCCAGGCGCGAUUGCCGUCUUGGCGUACAUGGCUGGCCUCCUCUUGUGUCCUUGAUAACAACAAACCCCAUAUCAUUAUAUCA